AUGCCUGAAGCCGUCCUGUUAGCUGCUUCCGGGCAGCCGUCAGCUGGAAACGCCCUUCUAGACUCGAUCGUACAGAACGCGGCCAAUAAAGUGCUGUUCACUGACGUGCAAGGCGACAUCCUGGCAGGAGGCCUGCCAAAGAAACACGAGAUAUUCUGGUUUUUCACCAUCCAUCCGAACAAAGCGAAGAGCUUUUGCCAGAAUAUCGGCAAUGCUACCGGCGAUGGCAUGCUCACUUUCUCCAGCGUUCAGAAUAUUCUCGAUGAACGGCAGAAGUUUCGACAGACGUUUCCUGGUGUCUCUGACAACGUUGUUACCGGAGCUAACCCCAGCGGGAGCCGUCACUGGGUUCCUUCCGUGGGUGCUAACAUAAGCUUUUCCUUCAGAGGGUUAAAGAAGAUGUCCGCAGCGCUGUCUACAGACUUGAAGCUGGAUCACCUCCCGGUACCUGACGAUCCUUUCGUUUCUGGAAUGAAGCGGGACUCUAUGUCGGCCGACGGCCUGGGCGACCCGCCUUCCGCCUUCGCUGCAGGUACUCCAUUUGGUGAUGAUCAGAUCGACGGCGUUCUAAUAGUUGCCGGGAGCAAUGAUUUGAUUGUCAACGCAGCGCUAAGUGGCGUGAUGGGCAUUCUUGGCUUCACCAAAGACGCUAACUCUACUAUUGCGGAGGUCUCAAGGGAGACCGGCAAUGUUCGGCUGCAAGCCAACGACGGCAAAGAGCAUUUCGGGUUUGAAGACGGCAUAUCCCAGCCUGCAGUCAAAGACAUCGACGACAACGGAGCGGACCCGGAGGUCCCAGAUAAUGUCAUUGACCGACACGUGAUCCUGGUAGGGUAUGAUACGCGUAACAUCCACGCACAACAGCCUUGGAUGAAGAACGGAAGCUUCCUCUGCUUCCGAAAGCUGGAGCAGCACGUCGAUAAGUGGAACCAGGCAGUCGUAUCGAUCGCCGAAAAGGCGAACGAGAGUCCGGAGCGGGUUGGCGCGAAACUGAUGGGCAGGUGGCCGAGUGGCUGUCCGAUCAUGCUCUCGCCUAGAGAGAACGACAACUCUCUUGCGCGGCUGCCAAAGAGCAACCGCUUUCCGAACUUCGUUAAGUCGGACGCUGGCUCGAAUCAGGACAACUCAAUGUGUCCUCUGGGUGCCCACAUCCGUAAGACUAAUCCUCGCGACCGUCGUUUUGACCCGAACGGUAUACACCGGAUUCUCCGGCGCGGAAUCCCGUACGGACCAGAUUUCGACCCCGAAAACUCUGCGAACAAUGCUCAGAAACGUGGACUGCUGUUCGCAUGUUACCAAAGCGAUCUCACUCAGGGCUUUAAAUUCAUCCAAACACGGUGGGCCAACGCACCCAAAUUUCCUGAACCUGGUGCUGGCCUUGACCUCACGAUAGGUCAGACUGGAGAUGAGCAGGACGCUUUCCAGAUGGAUAUCGUCUUCAACCCUGGCCAGUCUCCACUACCUUCAAACACCUUCUCGGGCAUCAACCAGUUCGUCGAGUUAAAGGGAGGAGAGUACUUCUUUACACCUUCGUUCACUGCGAUGCGUGGAGCUCUAUCAAAGGUUUAG